CGAGGAAGGGUAAGGAUGACGGGAAGAGGGAAGAGACAAGUACUGAGGUUUAUUUUCUCCAAUAGAGGGUAGAGGGGAAUGAUUUCUGUACAUAGAACCUUACUGGUAGAAAGAAACAGCUCUACCUUCCCCCUACCCCAGGCUUGCCUAAAGGUCCAAGGAGACCAAGAACAGAAGCUUCUGGAAGGACAGCAAGGAGAUGCCAUCUAAGACCAAAGGAAAAGGGAUGAAAGCUGGGUCACAGAAGAAGAGAAAGAACGUGGGUGCUGAUGUGGAAGCCAAAUCCGCACACAGGCUGGCAGUGCUGGAAAAGGAGUUGCUCCAAGACCACUUGGCUCUGAGGAGGGACGAGGCCCGCCGAGCCAAGGCUUCUGAAGACCAGCUGAGGUGGAGGCUGCGAGUGCUAGAGGCUGAGUUGGAAGAGGCCCGAAGUGAGGGGAAGGCCGUCUAUGCAGAGAUGAGUCGCCAGUGCCAAGUCCUGCAGAAGGAAAUGGAGACCCGCAGCAGGCAGCUGGAAGAAGAAGUGAGGGGCCUUCGGGAGCAGCUGGAGACGUGCCAGAGGGAGGCUGAGGCCGCACGGGAAGGGGCAGAGCAGGCCCUCAGAGAGCGGGACCAGACCCUGGCUCAGCUUCGGGCACACGUGGCAGACAUAGAGGCCAAGUACGAGGAAAUCUUACACCCUGGACCAACUCUUGGCCAAGCUGAGAGCAGUGAAGCCUCAGUGGGAUGGGGCCGUGCUGAGACUUCAUACCCAAUACAAGGAGCGGCUCCGCCAGUUUGGACUCAACCCCCUGGAUCUGUGAAGCUGUAAGCCUCUAGCCCCUGGGGCUCUGGGAAGCUCCAGCAAUAAAGCUGUCUCCAUGUGGAACUCAGCAGAACUGUGGGCUGUGGCUUUU